ACUCGAAGAUGUACCGUGGAGUGGUAGCUGCACAUAGUCCCCUCUGGUGUACAGUUUGGUCUUCUGGGGGGCCGAGGCUGCACCUCCAGUUGGUCCUGACUCUGUUUUUCCUGUCGAAUGCACUAUGCUCAGUGUGUCCUCCACCCCCAGAGCCGGAGAAUGGUGGGUUUCUGUGUCACCCUCCGCACUGUGAUCAGCCACUAACCUCAGGAAGUGUGAUUGAAUACUUCUGUGCAGAAGGAUUCAUGCUCAAGGGAGACUAUAAAUUCCUGACCUGCAAGAAUGGUGCUUGGAACCCACCCAUGGGAGUCAGCUGCAGGCAAGGCCAAGAGACCAAUAAACACACCAGCCUCGGGGUCCCUACAUUGUCUAUCGUUGCAUCUACCGCCAGUUCUGUAGCCUUAAUAUUGCUUCUCAUUGUCCUGUUUGUACUGCUGCAACCCAAGCUCAAGUCUUUCCAUCAUAACAGGCGUGAAGGAUGUGUCGCUGGGGAGCAGGUGUCCAUCAUGGUUGAUGGAGUGCAGGUUGCUCUUCCUUCUUAUGAAGAAGCUGUCUAUGGCAGUGCAGGAAACUGCAUUCCAUCUGCAAGCUCCCGCGUUCAAAUAGUGUUAUCGGAGGGCCCGGGUGAGGAGCAAGACCUGCAGCAGUCUGCAUGCAGCUCUAAUUCCACUGGCCAGACUUCCAGGGGCUCCGAUCUUACCGGCCAAACUAUGGGACACGCCAUGCAGGGCGCAACAAGCAGCAGACAGCACUCAGAGACUGUGAUGGUCCAUCAGACAUCAUCUUCAUGGGCAUCUGGAGCAGAAGGCAGGACUCUGAGAGGAGCAGGAGUAGAUUCUGAGAGCAGUGAUGUGCAGAGCCUCCUCUCCCUCUCCUCUGAUGACUAUACAGAUGAUGUUCCUCUUCUAAAGGAAGCCUGAUCUCGGCCUGGACCUCCAUUCAGCUCUGCGGGAUCACCUCAAUCUUCCUGCUUUGCUUUUCUUUUCAUCACAGGUGCCCUGGAGCCGACAAUUUGUGCCUCUCUGUUUCUCUCACCAGCCCCAGCAAGUUGCAGACAAUGUACUUCCCGCUUGUACUGUGGAAAAUGCAU